ACGGGACAGGGCUUUAGAGUUUUAGCCAAAAAGCUCUGCCUUUCUUGUUUGUUUGAAUCUGCUUUGUGGGUUUGGCCUCUUUCUCUUCUCUCUUUCUUUCUCCUAUUGGAAAACACCACCAAAAACAACCCCAUCUGCUUCUCUCAACUCUGCCUUAUAAGGCCAUGGCUGCGAAGAAAAUUAUAGCAAUAUGUCAGUCAGGUGGGGAGUUUGUGACGAAUAAAGAUGGGUCCUUGUCCUAUAGUGGGGGUGAUGCUUAUGCCAUAGACAUUGAUCAGCAAACGCAGUUAAGUGAUUUCAAGUCAGAAAUAGCUGAGAUGUUCAGUUGUAGUGUUGAUAACAUGAUUCUCAAGUACUUCCUUCCCGGGAAUAAGAAAACCCUCAUCACAAUUUCCAAAGACAAGGACUUGCAACGAAUGGUGAAUUUCAUUGGCGAUUCUGUCACGGUUGAUGUCUUUAUCAUGUCGGAGGAAGCUGCUGCUCGAAAUUUAUCCAUCAUGCCUUGUAGUAGGUCGAGUAGGACAACUGUAUCAGAAGCUGUGGUUCCUGUUGUUGCCCCAAUUGAUAUUCCAGUCGAUACAGCUCAAGUCAUUGAACCUAUAGAGAUUGGUAUACCUAAUGAAGAAGCGCCUUUAAUUUGUCAUGAUGGUUCUAAUGAUGAAAAGCAUCGGAAAGCUGCACAACAGUGGGAAAACACCAUCACUGGUGUGGACCAAAGGUUUAAUAGUUUUAGUGAAUUCCGGGAAGCAUUGCAUAAGUACUCAAUUGCCCAUGGGUUUGCUUAUAGAUAUAAGAAAAAUGACAGCCAUCGCGUCACUGUCAAAUGCAAAUCCCAAGGUUGUCCAUGGCGGAUAUAUGCAUCAAGGUUGUCUACCACCCAAUUGAUUUGUAUCAAGAAAAUGAACACAGAGCAUACUUGUGAAGGAGCCACUGUGAAAGCAGGGUAUAGAGCAACUAGAGGUUGGGUGGGAAGUAUUAUAAAGGAGAAGUUGAAAGUUUCCCCAAACUACAAGCCAAAGGAUAUUGCGGAUGACAUCAAACGAGAGUAUGGGAUUCAAUUGAACUAUUCUCAGGCAUGGCGCGCAAAAGAGAUUGCAAGGGAGCAGCUUCAAGGAUCCUAUAAAGAGGCAUAUACUUUGUUACCCUUUUUCUGUGAAAAGAUAAAGGAUACUAAUCCAGGGAGUGUCGCCACAUUUACCACUAAGGAUGACUCAAGCUUCCAUCGUUUCUUUGUAUCAUUCCAUGCCUCAAUAUCUGGUUUUCAGCAAGGAUGUCGCCCUCUCCUUUUCCUUGAUAGCACUUCUUUAAACUCAAAAUACCAAGGGGUAUUGCUAUCUGCAACAGCUGCUGAUGGUGAUGAUGGUAUCUUUCCUGUAGCUUUUGCUGUUGUAGAUGCUGAGACUAAUGACAAUUGGCAUUGGUUCUUAGGGGAACUUAAAUCUGCUGUGUCAACACCUCAGCAGCUUACUUUUGUUGCAGAUUUUCAGAAUGAUUUGAAGAAGUCAUUGGCUGAGAUAUUUGAUAAAUGCUACCACAGCUAUUGUUUACGUCAUCUUGCUGAGAAACUUAAUAAGGACUUGAAGGGGCAGUUUUCUCACGAGGCAAGACGAUUUAUGAUUAAUGAUUUUUAUGCUGCUGCUUAUGCACCCAAACUUGAGGGUUUCCAGAGUAGUGCUGAUAACAUUAAAGGAAUUUCUCCUGAAGCUUACAAUUGGGUAAUACAAAGUGAGCCAGAGCACUGGGCAAAUGCGUUCUUUGCAGGAGCAAGGUAUAAUCACAUGACAUCAAACUUUGGACAACAAUUCUACAGUUGGGUAUCAGAGGCGCAUGAGCUGCCAAUCACACAGAUGAUUGAUGUAUUACGAGGUAAGAUGAUGGAAUCCAUCUAUACACGACGGGUAGAUUCCAGUCAAUGGACAACAAAGUUAACUCCAUCCAAGGAAGAAAGGCUACAAAAAGAAACUUCAAUAGCUCGAUCACUUCAAGUGUUAAUCUCACAUGGUAGCACAUUUGAGGUUCGAGGAGAAUCUGUUGAUAUUGUUGAUAUUGAUCAUUGGGAUUGUAGCUGCAAAGAAUGGCAACUUACUGGUUUACCUUGCUGCCAUGCUAUUGCUGUCUUUGAAUGCAUUGGUAGGAACCCAUAUGAUUAUUGCUCUAGAUAUUUCACAGCUGAGAGUUACCGAUUAACGUAUGCAGAGUCCAUUCAGCCUGUUCCAAAUGUAGACAGACCAAUCCCGGAUGAAUCAGCUUUGGCGAUAGUUACUGUAACCCCUCCACCUACUAAACGACCACCAGGCCGACCAAAGAUGAAGCAGUCUGAAUCCAUAGACAUAAUUAAACGCCAGCUCCAGUGUAGCAAGUGCAAGGGCCUUGGCCACAAUAAGAAGACAUGCAAAGAUUCCUAGUACACAUGUUAGGACAUUUUUAAGUAGAUUCAGCAACAAAGCAUGAAGCAUUUUGUUCUGAAGCAUUAACUAGUCUGACAGUUAGAGGGACAUGGCAAAGACAUGAUGCUAAUAGUAAUUGGAUGCCUUUGAUCUGCAAACCCAUGUGAUGACCUGGGAAAUCAGAUGUAAUUGGAGCUAGUAGUCAGGUUUUAUCUCUCAAAUUUGCUUCUUGCUAUUAGACAGAACAAACUCUCGUUCCUUUUCUGAAAUAUAUGAAUUCUAUGCACUACAAAAAAGUCAAAAGGUGAAACUUGAGGCAGAAGUGAUCCAUGGCCACACAGGCAUUUAUUAUUAUAAUCUGGUGUAGCAAUAUAUAUUUUGUUUAAGUUGAUCUUUCUUGCUGAAGAUCUGCAUUUUGGUUGCUGACAUCGGUUGCUUAUUGGUGAUUUUGCGGGGGUCUGGGAGCGUUCAUUGGUGAUUCUUGUUCCACUGUACUCAAUUUGUAUAUAGAUAUGUUGUGGACAUAUGAAAGGUUCAUGGUGCUUCUGUUAAUCCACCAUAUUUGUUCACCUUUGAAAACAUAAUAAUAAUAUCAUAAAUGAAAUUUUGAUCGAUAUAACGUU